GGGGUGUCUCUAACGCUGGGCCGAGAGCGUAGAGCAGGACGUGAGACUCCAGCUCAACCCUAUGCUAGGGACUAGUGAGAAACUGAGAAGUCAAGUCUUUCAACCGUAAUCAGCGCCGGCCGCCCGGAAAAGUAGAGAAGCGGCCUCCUACCGCCUAGAGAGUACAAACAGGCCUGUCCGCUCUGUCUGCGCCGCGUCUCUAUGGCGGCCCCAAUGGGCGGCUAGGUGGCUGAGCAAAAUGAAUGUAGGCGCUGAAGGGGACUGUAGCGCCACUACGCUUGCGGCGCGAUCGGCGAGUUUCCGAGACGGCAGUCCUACAGAGGAUGGCUUUGUCCCGUCGGCGCUGGGAACACGAAAACAUUGGAAUGCUGUCUAUGAAAGAGAACUACAAAUUUUCCAAGAAUAUGGAGAUACAGGAGAAAUUUGGUUUGGGGAAGAGAGUAUGACUCGACUAAUAAGGUGGAUGCAGAAACACAAGAUCCCAUUGGAUGCUUCAGUGCUUGAUAUUGGAACUGGAAAUGGUGUUUUCCUGGUUGAACUUGCAAAAUUUGGCUUCUCUAAUAUUACUGGAAUUGAUUAUUCUCCCUCUGCAAUUCAUCUUUCUGAAUGUAUUAUAAAGAAAGAAGGGUUAUCUAACAUUAAAUUGAAGGUAGAAGACUUUUUGAAUCUUUCUACAAAGCUGUCUGGAUUUCAUAUUUGUAUUGACAAAGGGACUUUUGAUGCCAUAAGUCUUAAUCCUGACAAUGCAAUUGAGAAGAGGAAGCAAUAUGUGAAAUCUCUCUCUGUGGUGUUGAAAGUAAAAGGCUUUUUUCUAAUAACUUCAUGUAAUUGGACCAAGGAAGAGUUGCUAAAUGAAUUCAGUGAAGGAUUUGAACUUUUUGAAGAGUUGCCAACACCCACAUUCAGCUUUGGAGGCAGAUCUGGAAACAGUGUAACAGCAUUGGUUUUCCAGAAAAAGUGAGACUUUUCCUUGGACAAAUUCAGGUAGCUUUUUAAAAGGAGCUACACAGUGAAGUAUACCUAAUACAGAAAAUACAAGUGCAAACAAAUGUUUAGUAAGUAUACAGGAUACACAUGGUGACUAAUUAUAAUGAGAUGGUGAAAAAAAUCAUGAGUAUGUAAGUGGUUGCUUUUAAGAGAUUGAUGAAUUUUUUAAAUUUGCUUUUAUACUUGAAAUGUAAUUUUUUUCCUUUGUAUACCUUAAAACAAUUUCCUAUAAUUGCUGAACAGUUAAAAGCUUUCAAGUAGUAAAUGUGUGACCCAUUUGUUUGUUUGUUUGUUUUUGUACCAGGGAUUGAACUCGAGUCCUUGUCUUGCAAGGCAGGUGGCAGAACCACUGAGCUAAAUCCCCGGCCUCAAGUAGUAAAUGAAUUUACAAAAAGCAUGUAUUCUUGAUUUUAUGCCUUGGUAAAGUUGAAUUCAGUAUAGUUGUUUAAUGUAUAGUAUAUAGUUUCACCACACUAUUCCAGGGCCAGAAUAACAAAACAACUUUCUUAGUGCUUUAUUAAAAUAUGAAACAUAAUAAAAAAUAUUAUUUUGAGUUGAAUGGUGAUUACUUUUUAACAGCCGGAAAGAACUUCCUAACCUUCACAUAUAUAAUUAGGUAAGAUCAAAUAAAUGUAUCAGUUGAUCAGGAAAUAUUUAUUGCCAGGCUUGGUGGUACAUGUCUAUAAU